UCAUCUCGCCAAAAAGUGCUCUCGACAACUGCUCCUCGCCAAUUCCCCGGAUUUGAGUUCGAUCAUUAGUCGACAAUCGAUCUCCUUCGCCCCUUCGAUCCCGUCGACCUUCCCUGGAUCCCCCAAUCCCUUCGUACCGCCCCCUCGUCCACCAAACCCGCCUUGUUUUCCUCGUUUCUUCCCCGGGCAACAAGCACCCGCCGUUGUGCAGUCCGUUUGUGCCCUCCUAUAACCCCCACGUGCUGGCGGGCUCAGACUUCAUCCUUGUCGUGGCCAAGUAUCCGAGACCUCGUUCCAAUUGCCGUCAAAGGUGACCGAUAACCAUUCGUCAUGGAGAACUACCAGAAAAUCGAGAAGAUCGGAGAGGGAACUUACGGUGUUGUCUACAAAGCCCGAGAACUCACGCAUCCCAACCGUAUCGUCGCCUUGAAAAAGAUUCGAUUGGAGGCCGAGGAUGAAGGCGUUCCCAGCACGGCCAUCCGUGAAAUUUCCCUUCUGAAGGAAAUGAACGACCCCAACAUUGUGCAGCUGCUGAACAUUGUUCAUGCGGACGGCCACAAGCUCUAUCUCGUGUUCGAAUAUUUGGACCUCGACCUCAAAAAGUAUAUGGAGGCUCUUCCUGUCAGUGAGGGUGGACGUGGUAAAGUCCUCCCAGAUGGCUCCACUCUCAGCCGCAGCAUGGGCUUGGGAGAUGCCAUGAUUAAGAAAUUCAUGGCCCAGUUGGUCGAAGGAAUUCGUUACUGUCACAGUCACCGCAUCCUGCACCGUGACUUGAAGCCUCAGAACCUGUUGAUCAACCGUGAUGGUAACUUGAAGUUGGCGGAUUUCGGAUUGGCGAGAGCCUUUGGUGUUCCAUUGAGAACCUAUACCCACGAGGUUGUCACAUUGUGGUAUCGCUCUCCCGAGAUUCUUCUCGGUGGCCGUCAGUACUCCACCGGUGUGGACAUGUGGUCUGUCGGAGCUAUCUUCGCGGAAAUGUGCACUCGCAAGCCUCUGUUCCCUGGUGAUUCCGAGAUUGAUGAGAUCUUCAAGAUCUUCCGACUUCUCGGCACUCCCGAUGAUAACCUCUGGCCUGGUGUCACCUCCUUCCCCGAUUACAAGCCUACGUUCCCCAAGUGGAAACGUGAAGAAACCCACGCCCUGGUCCCUGGCCUGGAAGAGGAGGGUCUUGACUUGCUGGAUUGCCUGCUGGAAUUCGACCCGGCACGACGAAUUUCUGCCAAGCAGGCUUGCAUGCACCCUUACUUCCAGCACGGCAGCUCAUACUACUCCGGUCGCACCGGCCGAAGAAAUGGCUUUCAUUAAUUGAACGGCGGAGUGACGGACUGUGGAUUGAUACCUUACGUGUAAUGUAUGUAUGUGGGUGGCUGAUGGCAGACCGCAGUCUCAUGGAGAUGGCCGCCCGAUAGAUUCUACCUUUCUCUUUUUUCUUUUCUCUCCCCAGAGGCGGUCAGCAGUCCCUCCGAUGUCCUUUGAUGCUUUUGAUGUCUCGAACGUUACCUUUACCUUCCUCUUUCAUCCGAUUUUGUUUCCUUUGUUUAUGGCGUUGCUCAUGGUGUGUUAUGACCUGAAGAGACUAGGUUACUGGAUAUGCAAGGAGUGUCUCUUUUCUUUUUUCGUUUCCUUUCUAUCCCGUACAUACCCAUCUGAAUGAGCCUUUUGAUGC